GAUAAAUUCUUUAAAUAUGUCGUUUGGGUAGAAGGGUGUUACAUUAGUGGUAUCAGAGCAUGGUCAGUCCAGUCGAGUCAUAAUGUGAUGUUUUCCCUGUUGGUCGAUUAGUGUAAAUGACACUGUCGAUAUUUAACGGUGGUGGUUGUGUUGUGCAGAGUAUGGCUGGAGAAAAUGACCGUGCGAUUGCUGAGGCUUUGGCUGCUAUGGCGCAGGCUAUGCAGGCGCAGCAGAAUCCGCCGGUCGAUGAGUUUAAGAAUUUGGGAAGGUUUCUGAAGAAUAACCCUCCUACAUUCAAAGGGCGCUACGAUCCAGAUGGUGCUCAGAUUUGGCUGAAGGAAAUUGAGAAGAUUUUCCGGGUGAUGACGUGUACUGAAGCACAGAAGGUGCAGUUUGGUACGCAUAUGUUAUCUGAAGAGGCUGAAAACUGGUGGGAUAAUACUCGCCAGAGAAUUGAAGUACCAGGUGCUGAGAUGACUUGGGUAAGGUUCAAGACGGCCUUUCUGGAGAAAUAUUUUCCUGCUGAUGUGCGAUGUAAGAAGGAGAUGGAAUUUCUAGAACUGAAGCAGGGUAACAUGUCUGUUGCUGAUUACGCUUCGAAGUUUGAGGAGCUGGUGCAGUAUUGUCCUCAUUAUAAUGCUGCUGAUGCUGAGGAAUCCAAGUGUGUCAAGUUUGAGAACGGGUUGCGUCCCGAGAUCAAACAAGGUAUUGGUUACCAGGAGAUUCGUAGGUUUCCUACACUGGUUAAUAAGUGCCGGAUAUUUGAUGAAGAUAGCAAGGCUAGAACUGCUCAUUACAAGAGUCUUAGCGAGAAGAAGAAUAAGGAUCGUGGUAGUCCUUAUGCAUCUCCGAAUGGUAAGGGUAAGCAGAAAGUGGUAGAUGAGAAGAAGCCAAGUGGGGGAGGAUCUUCCAUAGCUAGUAAAUGUUUCAAGUGUGGCGAGCCAGGCCACCGUGCUGAUAGCUGUACCAAGAGAGUGCUGAGAUGUUUCCGAUGCGGUCAGACUGGUCAUAGAGUUACUGAAUGUAAGGAUGCUGGUCCGACGUGUUUUAAUUGUGGCGAGAAAGGCCAUAUCAGUUCGCAGUGCUCGAAACCGAAGAAGGCGGCUACUGCAGCUCAUACUACUGGUAGGGUGUUUGCUCUGAGUGGGGCUGAAGCUCCUAAAGAAGAUAAUCUGAUUAAAGGUACUUGCUUGAUUAAUAAUGUUGAAUUGCUUGCUAUUGUUGACACUGGUGCUACUCAUUCGUUCAUUUCGUAUGAGUGUGCGACCAGGAUUGGUGUGAUUAUGUCGUCCCUAGGCGGAAGUAUGGUGAUAGAUACUCCUGCUAAUGGUUCUGUGAAGACUUCUGUUGUUUGUCGAGGUUGUCAUCUGACGAUCUUCGAGAGAGAGUUCGUAGUUGAUUUGGUGUGCUUACCCUUGCACCAAAUUGAUAUUAUUCUGGGAAUGAAUUGGCUAGGAUUCUAUGGCGUGUUCAUCGACUGCUAUAGGAAGUCGGUGCGGUUCUCUGAAGUUGGUGAGAAUGAUGAGGCAAGAUUUCUAUCUGCUAGGCAGAUAGGGGAUUUUGUGAAAGAUGAAGCUCAGGUAUUCGCUUUAUUUGCGUCUCUACAAGCGGAUAAGAAAGUAGUGAGUGUAGAUUUGCCUGUUGUCUGUGAAUUUCAGGAUGUGUUUCCGGAGGAUGUAAGUGAUUUACCUCCAGAACGUGAAGUCGAAUUUGCCAUUGACUUAGUACCAGGUACGAGUCCAGUGUCGAUGUCUCCUUAUAGAAUGUCGGCAACUGAAUUAGUUGAACUGAAGAAGCAACUUGAAGAAUUGCUUGAGAAGAAGUUUGUGCGUCCAAGUGUUUCUCCUUGGGGUGCACCAGUAUUGUUAGUGAAGAAGAAAGAAGGUACGAUGAGGUUGUGUGUCGAUUAUCGGCAGUUGAAUAAGGUGACUAUCAAGAAUCGGUAUCCAUUGCCGAGGAUUGAUGAUUUGAUGGACCAGUUGGUUGGAGCUCAUGUUUUCAGUAAGAUUGAUUUGCGAUCGGGUUAUCAUCAGAUCCGAGUGAAGUCAGAUGAUAUUGCGAAGACUGCUUUUCGUACGAGGUAUGGUCAUUAUGAAUACACUGUGAUGCCGUUCGGUGUAUCUAAUGCUCCAGGUGUGUUUAUGGAAUAUAUGAAUCGUAUAUUCCAUCCGUACCUUGAUGAUUUUGUUGUGGUGUUCAUAGAUGAUAUAUUGAUAUAUUCUAAGACGGAAGAAGAGCAUGCAGGACAUCUGAGAAUUGUUUUGCAGGUGUUAAGAGAAAAGAAAUUAUAUGCAAAGUUAUCUAAAUGUGAGUUCUGGUUGAAGGAAGUGAGUUUCCUUGGCCAUGUGAUUUCGAAACCAAGGAGAAGCAAAAGGGCACGAAAAACUAAGGAUCUAGGACCAGAUGAAAUCGAUUCCCAACUCAUUUCUCUUUAUUUAGUUGAAGGAAAUAGCAAGAAUGAUGUUCAUAAAAUUCCUAUUAUUCUUCAAGUAGAAGAUGAUCCUAAAACAUAUAAGGAAGCAGUGGCUUCUAGGGACGCUUCUUUUUGGAAAGAUGUUAUCCAAGAUGAAAUGGAUUCAAUUAUGUCAAAUCAUACUUGGGAACUAGUUGAUCUUCCGAAGGGAUCAAGACCCAUUGGAUGCAAGUGGGUGUUUAGAAAAAAGCAUCAUAGUAACGGUACAUUAAACACCUAUAAGGCUAGACUGGUAGCAAAAGGAUUUAGACAAAAGGAAGGUGUCGAUUAUUUUGACACAUAUGCACCGGUAGCAAAAACUACAACAAUUAGAAUCCUGUUUGCACUAGCUUCCUUGAAUAACCUUAUUGUUCAUCAAAUGGAUGUUAAAACAACAUUCCUAAACGGAGAUCUCGAUGAGGAGAUCUACAUGGAGCAACCAGAAGGCUUCAUGCUUCCUGGAAAUGAACAAAAGCAAUGA